GUUGACAUAAAACUCCCCAGGCCGGUGUUUUGUUGGAUGACGUAUACGCUUCAAAAUGUAUUAACCGGCGUUUAUGCAGAAUUUAGUGAUUUAAACGCGAAAUAUUAAUGUAAAAGUUAAUUGUAAACGUUUUUGUAGUUAUAUAAGUGUUAUAUUAAGCUAAAAAUACAGUAAUAAAGAAUCUCUUGUAAAAUGCAUAAUACAAGUAAGAAAAAUGAAAAAAUUGUAACUCAUGUUCAUCAUGAAAACGUUGGGAAACAGGAAACCCUAUUGACUCUCUCGAUUUUAACUUUAGCUGCCAUUCUUUCAUUUGCAACGAGAUUAUUCUCAGUAUUAAGAUUCGAAAGCGUAAUUCACGAGUUUGAUCCAUAUUUUAACUAUCGCACAACCAAGUAUUUAGCUGAACAGGGUUUCUAUUCCUUCCACAAUUGGUUUGAUGACCGAGCAUGGUAUCCCUUGGGAAGAAUUAUCGGGGGUACCAUAUACCCAGGUUUGAUGGUAACCUCGGCGGCAUUCUACCAUUUAGCGUGGCUACUGAACAUCACAAUCGAUAUAAGAAACGUGUGUGUUUUCUUGGCACCUCUAUUUUCAUCUUUUACAACUAUUAUAACAUACAUGUUAACAAAGGAGGUUAAAAACGAAGGGGCAGGUCUAGUUGCAGCAGCAAUGGUGGCCAUAGUGCCAGGAUAUAUCAGCAGAUCAGUUGCUGGCAGUUAUGAUAAUGAAGGGAUUGCUAUUUUUUGCAUGUUGUUUACUUAUUAUACCUGGAUUAAAGCUGUCAAAACUGGAACCAUUUUCUGGGGAACCAUGUCUGCUUUAGCAUACUUUUACAUGGUGUCUUCUUGGGGAGGUUAUGUAUUCUUGAUAAAUUUGAUACCAUUACAUGUAUUGACUUUAAUGGCAACUGGAAGAUUCUCACACAGAAUUUAUGUGGCAUAUAGUACUUUAUAUUGUGUUGGUACUAUUUUGUCAAUGCAAAUUUCCUUUGUUGGCUUCCAGCCUGUGCAGAGUUCUGAACACAUUUUGGCUUUGGGAGUAUUUGGUUUGUGCCAAAUCGUGGCAUUUGUGGACUACAUAAGAAGCAAACUAUCCAGGGAUGACUUUGAAACUCUGUACUCGUUUUUAGUGUACACAGUUGGUAUUCUAGUCGUAUUCGCCGGCGGUAUUUUAACUUUGUCCGGUAAAAUAUCGCCGUGGACCGGUCGAUUUUAUUCCCUCCUAGAUCCUUCCUACGCGAAAAAUCACAUUCCGAUCAUUGCCAGCGUAUCGGAACAUCAACCCACCUCGUGGAGUUCGUUCUAUUUCGAUUUGCAGAUUUUGGUGUUUUUGUUCCCAGCUGGCUUGUACUUCUGCUUUAAGAAUCUCACUGAUUCCAAUAUUUUCAUCAUUUUGUAUGGAGUCACCAGCAUUUAUUUUGCGGGCGUAAUGGUGCGUUUAAUGUUGGUACUGGCCCCUAUCAUGUGCAUUCUCAGCGGCAUCGCGGUAUCUCACCUGCUCUCUAAGUUCAUGAAAAACGUGGAAUCCUCCAAACCGUCCGAGCAAAAGAAAAACAAAAAGCACGAAUCGCAAAUGCUGCGCAAAGAGGUCUCCUUCACCUUCGUCGCCAUAGUCACCUUCUUGCUGAUCUCGUACAGUUUCCACUGCACGUGGGUGACGUCGGAGGCGUACAGCUCGCCUUCGAUCGUUUUGUCGGCGCGAUCGCACGACGGCGGCCGAAUCAUCUUCGACGACUUCCGCGAGGCGUACUAUUGGCUGAAAAUGAACACGCCGGAGGACGCGAGGAUCAUGUCUUGGUGGGAUUACGGGUACCAGAUAACCGCAAUGGCCAACAGGACCAUUCUGGUGGACAACAACACCUGGAAUAACACGCAUAUCAGCAGAGUUGGCCAGGCUAUGGCCAGUUCGGAGGAAAAAGCCUACGAGAUUAUGAAGGAGUUGGAUGUUGACUAUGUUUUGGUUAUUUUCGGCGGUCUCACCGGCUACUCUUCAGAUGAUAUCAACAAAUUUUUGUGGAUGGUCAGAAUUGGCGGUAGCACUGAUAGAGGCGCCCACAUCAAAGAAUGGGACUACUAUUCCCCAAGUGGUGAAUUUAGAGUGGAUAAAGAUGGCUCUCCCACUCUACUGAACUGUUUAAUGUAUAAAAUGUGUUAUUACCGAUUCGGACAAGUCUACACUGAAGGUGGCAAACCUCCUGGUUAUGACAGAGUCCGUGGCGCUGAAAUCGGUAACAAAGAUUUUGAGUUGGAUGUUCUAGAAGAAGCGUAUACCACUGAACAUUGGCUUGUUAGGAUUUAUAAGGUUUAAAGAUCUUCCCAAUAGAGGGGUUUAACAAUAUUUUUUGUAAAAAUUUUCAAUAAAAUUAACUAUAAGCACCUAA